AUGGCUACGGAGGAGAAGAAGCCAGAGACCGAGGCCGCCCGGGCACAGCCGACGCCUUCAUCCUCGGCCACUCAGAGCAAGCCUACACCUGUUAAACCAAACUACGCCCUGAAGUUCACCCUGGCGGGCCACACGAAAGCUGUGUCAUCCGUGAAAUUCAGCCCCAACGGAGAAUGGCUGGCCAGUUCCUCUGCUGAUAAACUCAUUAAAAUUUGGGGUGCUUAUGACGGAAAAUUUGAGAAAACCAUAUCUGGUCACAAACUGGGGAUAUCUGAUGUGGCCUGGUCAUCAGAUUCGAACCUGCUGGUCUCCGCCUCGGACGACAAGACCCUGAAGAUCUGGGACGUGAGCUCGGGGAAGUGUCUGAAAACCCUGAAGGGUCACAGUAAUUACGUCUUUUGCUGCAACUUCAACCCUCAGUCCAACCUCAUCGUCUCAGGAUCGUUUGAUGAAAGCGUGCGGAUAUGGGACGUGAAGACAGGGAAGUGUCUCAAGACUUUGCCUGCUCACUCAGACCCGGUCUCAGCUGUUCACUUCAACCGCGAUGGGUCCCUGAUUGUCUCCAGUAGCUACGAUGGUCUCUGUCGCAUCUGGGACACGGCUUCCGGCCAGUGCUUGAAGACGCUGAUCGAUGACGACAACCCCCCGGUGUCCUUUGUGAAGUUCUCUCCGAAUGGCAAGUACAUCCUGGCAGCCACGCUGGACAACACACUGAAGCUCUGGGACUACAGCAAGGGGAAGUGCCUGAAGACCUACACCGGCCACAAGAACGAGAAAUACUGCAUAUUCGCCAACUUUUCAGUGACUGGUGGGAAGUGGAUCGUGUCUGGCUCUGAAGACAACCUGGUUUACAUCUGGAACCUUCAGACUAAGGAGAUCGUGCAGAAGCUACAGGGCCACACAGAUGUUGUGAUCUCAACGGCGUGCCACCCGACGGAGAACAUCAUCGCGUCUGCGGCGUUAGAAAACGACAAGACAAUUAAGCUCUGGAGAAGUGACUGCUGA